CUAAAACCCUAGCGCUCGAAAUGGCGUUCUUCGAUUAAACCCUGAAAAUCUCGCAAGCUCCCUCCAUUGGUUAUUUUCAGAGGAGACUGCCUCCUGGUCAAGCUCGGUGAUCCUCUCAGUAGCAGCGGCGCCGAAGAAGAAGAACCAUGAGACCCCCAAGAGGCGGUGGCGGGUUUAGAGGAGGACGAGAUGGCGGUCGGGGCGGCGGCGGCCGAGGUUUUCGCGGCGGACGUGGUGGCGGCGGCGGCGGACGGUUUGGUGGUGGUGGGUUUCGUGAUGAAGGACCUCCUUCUGAAGUCGUAGAGAUUUCGACCUUUAUUCAUGCCUGCGAGGGUGAUGCUGUUACUAAGCUCACCAAUGAGAAGAUCCCUUACUUCAACGCCCCAAUCUUUCUUCAGAACAAGACCCAGAUCGGCAAAGUGGACGAGAUCUUUGGCCCCAUUAACGAGUCUUUUUUCUCUAUCAAAAUGAUGGAAGGCAUUGUGGCAAGUUCAUACGCUCCUGGAGACAAGUUCUUCAUCGACCCCAAUAAGCUCUUGCCUCUUGCAAGAUUCUUGCCACAACCAAAGGGACAGGCAGCUGCAACAAGAGGAGGCCGUGGAGGAGGCAGGGGAGGAGGGUUUAGAGGUGGUGGUCGUGGAGGAGGAUUCAGAGGAAGAGGUGCUCCACGAGGUGGCAGAGGCCCUCCCAGGGGCGGCCGUGGUGGCUUUAGGGGUAGAGGAAGAUUUUAGAUCAAAGUUAUGUAGUGGCAUUGAUGAUCUUAAGCUUUUGUGUACUCUUGUGGUGUGCUGAUGACCAUCCCCUGAACUCUGCUGUUUAAUAUAUCCAACUUUUGAGCAUUAAUGGAGGCAGUUCUGUUUAGUUGCUGAAUUUCCUGUUGAAAUAUUUCGUGGAUAUGAAUGAAGCUGUUCCAUUCCAUAGCUAACUUUUGUUCGUGAAGGUGGAAACCGUAUCGUCUUCUAUUGUUGCAUUGAACUGGGAACGAUUGGUAUGCUGAAGGUGAACACAGAUGCGGGGUUCCUUGGAAUGGGGGGCACAGGCCUAGCAAUGAUUGUUCGCAAUUGCGAAGGGCAAGUUCGAUAUGCAUCCACAAAUCGAGAAGCUGAACUCUGGCGCCCCGAAAUUGCAGAAGCUAGGGCCAUCCUCUUUGCAAUAAAACAAUGACAAUGCUACUUGGCCCCUAUGUAGUUGAUCGUGUCAAACUUUGAUCACAAGACUCCAACAAAAGCCAACACGAAAUAAUAUGAGCUAAGAGGUGCUGUUUUUUUCCCUCAGUUUUUUCUUCUGCAUUGAACUGAACCAGGAACUUGAUUGAAUAAAGAAAAGUGGUAUUU